GUGCCCAGGAGCCCCGGGUGAGCUGCAGCACCGAACUGGAACUGAAAACCACCCUCCGGGACCUGCUCAUCUACAUCGUUUUCCUGACAGACCUCUCCAUACUGGCGUUUGGCAUGGUGAGCACGGACAUGUACUACCUGAACAAAGUCAUGGCCCAGCUCUUCCUGGAAUCCUCCUCUGAGGACGACAGGAGUAGCUUCAGGAGCAUUGGGAGCAGAGCUGAUUUCUGGAGGUUUGCAGAAGGGCCUCUAUUGGAUGGACUCUACUGGGAUAAAUGGUAUAACAACACGACGUUAACCCUCCGGAACAACAACAGCCAUAUUUACUAUGAGAAUUUGCUCUUAGGAGUAGCACAGAUUCGCCAGCUGAAAGUACGCAACAACACUUGCUCCGUCUACCCAUAUUUCCAUACUUUUAUAGAAGACUGCUACAGUGAGUAUCGUUACCGAGCUGAAGACAGGUCUGACUUCGGUCUGAAGAACGAGUCGGAAUGGAAAUACACCUCAGUCUCCUCGCUAUCCCCAUGGUACUGGGGAGCUAUAGGCUUGUACAGCGGCGGGGGAUAUAUGUUCACUUUACCUAAAUCGAAGCAGGAGAGCGUGGAGAAGUUGGUGUUUCUCCGGCGGAACGGCUGGCUGACUAGAGGAACCAGGGUUGUAUUUAUCGACUUUUCAACAUAUAACGCUAACAUAAACCUGUUCUGUGUAGUCAGGUUGGUUGUGGAGUUCCCUGCUACCGGGGGUGCUCUCACCUCCUCACACAUCUACUCUGUGAAGCUCCUCAGAUACAUCACGUAUUACGAUUACUUCCUGGCAUCUUGCGAAAUCAUCUUUUGCCUCUUUAUCGUUACAUUCAUAAUCCAGGGAGCUAUAAAAAUAGGAAAACUGAAAAAGGAGUAUUUCAGAAGUGCCUGGAACUGGCUGGAUUUGCUGCUGCUGGUGGUAUCCAUCCUGGCCAUUGCCUUCAAUAUCUACCGCACUGUGAAAGUGUCCCAGCUAAUGGAAGAGCUGCUGUCUGAUGCCCAAGUAUAUCCAAACUUCUAUUUCCUUGCGUACUGGCAAGUUCUUUACAACAACAUGAUUGCUGUCAACAUCUUCUUUGCUUGGAUAAAGACAUUUAAAUACAUGAGAUUUAACAAAACCAUGAUGCAGCUGUCCUCCACCUUAUCUCGCUGUGCCGAAGACGUCUUUGGAUUUGCCAUCAUGUUCUUCAUCAUCUUCUUUGCCUAUGCCCAGUUCAGCUAUCUGGUCUUCGGGUCGCAAGUUGAAGACUUUUCCACUUUCCAAAACUGCAUCUUUACACAGUUUCGUAUUGUGCUGGGAGAUUUUGAUUUUGAAACCAUAGAAGCAGCAAACAGAAUCCUUGGACCUAUUUACUUCAUGACAUUUGUAUUCUUUGUGUUCUUCAUACUGCUGAACAUGGUUUUGGCUAUUAUAAAUGACACCUAUUCAGAAGUCAAAGCAGACUUUGAAGUAAUACGCAGUCAGGAACUUCGGAUCAGAGACUUCAUUAGAGAGAGUUACAAUAAGGCCCUUGUCAAGCUCAAGCUGAAGAAACCAGAGAUGGAUACAAAUCCAGCUGCUGAAAGCUUGGAAAGGCUCGUCAGCUACACAAUCCAGCUGGAGAAGAAAGUAAAUAAAAUCAGUGCAAGGCUCCGGAAAGUUAAGAAAAACAUGUGA